AUGGCUGCAUGUAGCAUGGAUAUACAGCCUGAUGUCGCAGAAGAAGAUGAGAAGUCGACUACACAAUGCAGCACUUCGGCUGAUGCUGGACCGCCUACUAAGAAAGCAAGGACCAAGGAGGCUGAAGAGCUCUUGUACUCAGUGUUUCACUGCUCAUCAUCCGAUGACUGCUCUUGUCGCAGGAAUACAACCAUUGACAAGCAAAAAGAAAGUGUAGUGCUGCAAUCCUCGCCUGAAGCUCUCCUGGGGAUUUUUCGUCAGCUCACCCGAAAUUCUACUGAAGCGCAAAGAGAAGACGAUGAUAACAAGAGUGCACUGCUCGAAAUUCUUCGCUUGAGGCACGAAUAUGCCAUGCAUCCAGAGGGUUGGGUUGCAAGAAAGAAGCGAGCGAAUCGUGAGAUAACGCAAAGGUUUGCUCAGAGGUGGGGAGUAGCUGACAGCGGGGUCAUGCGAUCAAGGGUGGGUGCAAGCUAUCAGGCUGAGGUGCCGGAAUGGCAAGGAGAAUGCGAAUACACACCAGAGAACCUGUUUGCCACGACAAGCUUUGUGUGUCCUGAAGGGCACAAGGAAGAAGUGGUGCAAGCGUUCCUCGCUUCUCUGGAGCCUCUUUACAAGGUCCAACAAGAUGCACACGAGGACUAUGUCCUUAGACGCAAGGCAGAGAGAAUCAGCUACAGGGACAUUGGCACAUUCCGUGAAUUCGCGUGUGAGAGACUUUGUGCAAACAACUUUGUUGAGACGGCCGCGAGACAGGAGAUUGAGCGAGCGAUGCACAAGCCAGAGGCGUUUGAAGCAAGCUUGCCAUACGAGGUCAUGAAACUUCAGAGCGACUUCUCGCAGAUAUCUCACACGUUCCGCUCUUUAGAUUUGGAAUUCAGGACAGGCAAAAAAUUUCCGAGCUGGGCAAGAGAAACACGGGAAGAACUUUGGUUCCUUGCUGAACCGGAGCGGCCUGGAGAAGCCGAUCAAGGACCCGUCCUCUUGAUGGAGACAUGGAAAGGGGAAGAGGACGGCGAGGACCGCGUGGCCAACCACUGGCUGCAGGUUCGAUGUGAAUGCAAGCGGUGGGUCAGAAUCCUGGAUUACCUGCGAUAUAUGUACACAGUCUGUCAAGAUUGCGAGAAGGUGCUGUGUAUCUGCCCGGCAUGCACAACUCCGAUCUCCCUCCCGAAGGGCUCGCACGUCAAGGGGGAGAGGCAUGUAGAGUGA